CAAGACGACCCGUUACCAGAACAGGUAGGCUGUGUCCCGUUGUUGUCUGCUUUAACGGGUUUGAUCCGACAGACGCCACAACCUCCCUUAUCAGUCGUAUGGACCACAGAACUAGGAAGAGGGUUCGAGAAGCAAAGUCAAGAGCAAGACCAGAGCUGGGCUCGGACAAGAAUGGUUGGUGUCGUUACAAUUUUGCGCAAACUUUUGACCUAAGUUUACAGGCUGUGAAGGAUAAUGUGCCACGACUUGAUGUUACUAAGACUACCAAAGAGGAGUUUAUACGAGAGUAUGAAUCUCCAUAUAAACCUGUCGUACUUGUUAAUGCAACCAAAGACUGGCAGGCGACUAGGAAAUGGACGAAACAGAGGCUUGCUAAAAAAUAUCGAAACCAGAAGUUCAAGUGUGGUGAAGAUGAUGAAGGAUACUCGGUGAAGAUGAAGAUGAAAUAUUUUGUUGACUACAUGAACAACAAUGACGAUGACAGUCCACUGUAUAUUUUUGACAGUAGCUAUGGAGAGCACACCAAGAGACGCAGGUUGCUAGAAGACUACUCAGUGCCCAGGUAUUUCCGUGAUGACCUAUUCCAGUAUGCUGGUGAGGAACGACGUCCACCUUACAGAUGGUUUGUGAUGGGACCGGGACGAUCUGGAACAGGGAUUCAUAUUGACCCGUUGGGAACAAGUGCCUGGAACGCCCUUAUAGAUGGACACAAGCGGUGGUGUCUGUUCCCCACAAACACUCCGAAAGACCUACUCAAGGUUCAGGCAGAAGAGGGUGGCAAACAACGAGAUGAGGCCAUUGCUUGGUUCAAGUUCUUGUAUCCAAAGACUCAGCUUCCCUCUUGGCCGAAAGAGUUCAAACCGCUGGAGAUACUACAGUGUCCAGGAGAGACUGUGUUUGUACCUGGAGGUUGGUGGCAUGUCGUAAUAAACUUGGAUGAUACUAUUGCUGUUACUCAGAAUUUCUGUAGUGUGACCAACUUUCCUGUUGUCUGGCAUAAAACUGUGCGAGGCAGACCAAAACUUUCCAAAAAAUGGUACCGCACACUUCAGAGAGAAAAGCCAGCAGUAGCAGCAAUGGCUGACAGAGUGGACUUGAGUCAACCCACUGGAUUUAACUCGGACAGUUCUAGCUCUGGCUCGUCUAGCUCAAGUUCCAGCUCAGAGUCCUCCGCAGACAGCUCAGACUCGCACAGAACAAAGAAAAAGAGACGCAGAACUGCAAAAUCAAGGUCACGUUCCAUCACUCCCAAUGGUAGUAAACGCCACUCACGGUCACAGGAGACAAGGGGUCAGAGGUCACGAUCAUAUUCUUCUUCGAGCAGUGAAAGAACCAGUCACCGAAGCAUAUCAAGUACACCUAAAAACUCAAGAUGACCUGACAUCAAUUGCUUAUAUUUCUCAGUAUUGACAUGAAUAUUAAUUAAUCUUAUGUAUAAGUGUGGAGAAUAUUUGAUCUAAGUUUCUGAUCUAGGCUUUAUAAUGCCAACUUAUGCAAAUGAUCUGAAAUAUAAGCUGUCUGCAUUAUCACAUGAUACUAGUGUCAGAUGACCCAGUCACAUGAUACUAGUGUCAGAUGACCCAGUCACAUGAUACUAGUGUCAGAUGACCCAAUCAGAACUGCCAGGAAUAACUGUACAUUUCCAUCCACCAAUAAAUAUGUUUAUUUUGUGUGGCGUAGUCAUGUAAUGCUAACUGUGUGUCCUACAUCGGAUAACUGUGUAUAUUAGUCUGAUAACAGAUUACAGGAAGGAGCAACUCUGGUUUGGUAUGGAAAUUAUUUCCUUGGAAGGAUAUGGCUUUGUGCCUUGGAUCAACAUUUGUUGAAGUGUGAUGUAGUCACUUGCUUUCUACAUGUCCAUUGUAUAAAUGUAAUAUUAACAAGCGGGCCUAUUAUUACUGUUAAAAGGACUGUUUUGUCAUGUUCACGUAAUGAACACCUCCUGGAGCAACUGUGGAUUUCACUGAAGGAUCAAACUUCAGUGGCAUUUUUCAACAGUAGAAUUCUUGUUGCUACAUCAGAAUAGAUUUACAAUCUGAGAAGAAAAACCAGAGACAGGAAAUUUUGCAAUACUAUUUGCGUUCAUUGUUUACUUAUUUCAUUAAAGCUAAUCGGUUCUAUUUUA